CGGAGGGACUUCCCUGACGCGGUUGGUCCCACAUUUCUCAAUGAAUCGUUAUCGUCCGAUGAAAAAGAAAAAAUACAUGCGCGCACAAACACAGAGACGGAUGCACGUAAUUCAGUCAGGUAUUCCCUCGAAUGGUCGCAGGCCGCGAGCUUGUUUUUACAAGGACGCUCAGCUUCAGUGUGAACGCGUCGUGUAUCAUUUUUUCCGGCGCUCGAACACGUAAAUAUAUAUGUACAGACUUCUAUUGCUAUCGGGGAAGAACCUCCACGCGACGGUGAUUGGUGAAUAAACUUUGCGCAGCCAACGACUUUAUGUCGCAUCAUUCGCAUCGCGCCAAACACUUUUCACGAGUCGAGAGGCUUCCGUCCCGCCGUUGCUCGGUAGUAGUGACGAAAUCUUCGAAUCCAAAACCAAAAGUACCGAAAAAAACACGUAAAUAAAGAGUUCCGCGAUAAGUUUAUUUUGUUUUGACCUUGCUGUGAUCUCUGUGAAAGCGAACGGGACGACGAAAGUGUUUGUGGUCAAGGAAUCUGAACAAGUGUUAUCGAUGGAAAGAAAACUAUUGGGCGCACAAUGAAUUUAACGCGGAACAAUAAAUCGGUAAAAACUGAUGAAAUUCAUUCGAAAAAUGGAUCAAAAAGUUUGGGGAGAGUGAAGACGAAAAAGUUGAGAGGCGAUGGGUUGAUACUUUGUUUGGAAAAUAACGAGCGCGACAUCGAGCUAAGUGGUGACGGUUGUAAGUUGACGAUAGCCGUUAACAGUGGAAGAAUUCGAAUUCACGGUGACGGUUGUUGUUUAAAAAUACAAAAGAAUUCUGGUCAUAUCGAGUACCGGGGGGACGGUGGACGAGUUUCUCUCGGCGGUGAAUCGACCUUGAGAAAAGUCGAUUAUAUCGGGGACGGUGGAAAAAUUGACAUUGCCAAGGAGAAGAAUCACGCGAGACAAUGUCGUCCCGUGACUCCCGUGACUGAGGACAAUAAAGACGAACGAGGCGGCCUCGAUUUCUCGAAAAAAACGUUCCUCCUGGGCGAUCCGGUUCGAACGGAUAACCGUCCAAACUCAACAAUCGAUAAAAAUUACUAUUCCACCGAUGAGAAAUCUUUUUUGGCUUUUCCAAUGAGAAAAAAAGCUUUCGACGAUUUCGCCAAAGAGUUCCUCAAGUCAAGAAACAUCGAUGCGAGUCUCGGUGGAAAAAAAGAACCGGAACAAUGUAUCCGAACGACCGUUAAAACCGUGCGCAUUUUUUACGAUAAUAAACAUUCUCGAACACAAACAAAAAGUCGAACUAAAACCAAAAGUGUUCGUUGUCCCAGCAGUAUUGAGACUUGAGAGUAUAAUAAUAAUAUUUAUUUGUUCAAGAUCGUAGAUCUAUUACAAAUUAUCUGUUUUACAGGCUAUGUUUUACAGAAAUAAUUUUAUGGUUUAUCUUACUGACUAAGUAUAAAAGCUCGAUUUUUGCAGCUUAAAGUUAUGAAGGCGUAUAUAUUUUUUAUGAACUCUGUGGGAAGUAUCUCUAAACCUGCAGGGUAUUCGAAGUAAAUAUUGGUUAAAUAUUUAUCCCGUUGUGGUUCAUGUAGUUUACAUUCAUUUAGAAUAUGUCUUACAGAUUCAUUAGCCUUUUCAUCACGGAGUAAACAAAUAUCUUCUCCAGAAAAACUAUAUCUAAAAUUUUUAAAUUUGAACGAAAAGAAAUGUUUGCCUGCUAACCUGCAUUGAGCCAUGAUUCUCUUGUGGGCUAAAGGAAUAUGUUGUAGCAAAUAAUUUUCACAUGCUAGUACAUUAAGUUGUUUGAUUUUUUUAUAAUCCAAACUAUAGGAUGAUAGCAUAACUUUUACAGCGUCGGCACGAAAUCUUACGUUACUCAUUACUUCCAUUGCUAGAGUGUCUGGCUUCAUAUCGUUAAGAAUAUGGUCUAAAUGGAAUUCUUCUAGCAUCGAUUUCAAGGUGGUGAACCAAUUGUAUCUUUUGACGUUUUCUUCUGAUAGAUCUAAUGCUAUUAGUUUAUCUAGGCUGAUUCUCGCAUAACGGUUUGCGGGCAUUUUGAGAGACUUGAGAGUAUCUACCGUAUUAUUUUCUAGACUUAAAAAUGGUGACGCAGUUCCUAACGAAGAAACACUCGUGCAUUUUGGCCAAUAAUCGGCCACAAGUGCGUAAAGCACUAAAACACUGCGAGAAAUGUAUACGAUGAGAGAAAUUUUCUCAUAUAAUUAGCUUGAAUAAAAUCUAUUGCGUCGA